CCGAGCCAUAGACCUGCAGUUUUAAAGGAAAGGCUGGAACCUGUGAUACCAAAGGAGAGUUACAACAUGGCUAAACCAGAGGAAAUUCCCCACAUAAAUAGGAAAGACUGCUGAAAAUGGACUCUGAUUCCCUGGACGGCUGCAUCCAGAGCGCCCUCUCUGUGCUGUACCCGCCGUUCCGGGCCACUGCCGCCACCGUUCUCUGCCAGGUGUUUGACGUGGUGGAGGGGACGUACCACGGCGACGGGCUCCGCUACCUGUUCGACUUCCUGAUCCCGGCCAAGCACAUCCUCCAGUGCAUUCAGCAGGAUGCCUGCUUUCCUUUCCGCGGCUUCCUGUUCCGCUUUGAAGGCUGGCCCCUGUGCAUUCACGAAAAGAUUAUAAUCCAGCUGUCUACCCUGGACUGGCGUGUGCUGCGGCCUGGAGACUUCUACCUGCAGGUGGCGCCCUCCCGAAAGAAUAACCCCUGCGUGCUGGUCAGGUAUCUGUCUGAAGACGGGCAGGAUGUGGAGGAGCUGGAGGUGCCGAAGAUAGCCCACGCCUCCAUCUUCACCAUGGACUGGCUGGACUCGGUGAACGGGCGGCGGAGGGGAACCCCGCUGGAGCGCUGCCUUCUUGCCACAGACAAGGACAUAUUCCGGAUGCCCUGGGAGGACGUGGUGCAUCCGGAAUUCAUCAGCAGGCCGAAAAGGGCGGAGCGCACGGCUGGGGUGGGGAAGGUCGGGGGCGAGGGGACAGCUCAAAGUCAGGCACAGGAGAGCCAACCCUCAGGAAGGACCACAAGCCUUUUGGCUAAUAGCAAUGUUUUAACGAACAAAAAGGCCCAGCAAGAUGAGAGCAGUCAUAACCAGGGCAUCAGGAUCCCUGUCCUGGGACAGUCGCGUGGGAACCAGCCGCUGGAUGACUCGGACCUGGAGGGGGAGUACGUGGAGCUGGCUGACAUCUCGCUGCCUCGCUUCUUCCCCCAGAAGGGCUCCUUGACCCAGUCCAUUAGCCUGAACUACAGGAACAAAAACAAGGCCAGGACUAACGGCCACACGCAGAACAACAACGCAAACGCCCCCUUCAAAAGCAGCACUUGCUCUCAGACCAUGAUCUGCACAAAGCUCAUAGAAAACCUGGAGGACUCAUACCACCCUGUCAUCUUAACCCCUACUACCACACAAGUCGCGAGCGGGACCAUUGCGCCAAAUGACUCCAAGUCAAGCCGCUCGGAAGGUACAUCCUCUGAGAAUGCUGUCGUCGUGCCCGCAGCGGAGUCUGUUAUUGAGGUUAUUGAUUCGCACAAUUUGCACAGUAGCACCAACAGUCACCAGGCAGAUGGCUCUGCUGUUCCUUUGGAACUGACAAAUGAGGUGAUGAGUUCUGAGAGCAGCCCUGUGGCUGCUGAACAGUGCCGGGAGGGUCUGGCUUUGAAGGAGGUUGUGAAGGCCCAGAGUGGCGAGUCAUUAAGCAGGGCAGAAGUGGCAUGGAAGCAUAGGGAUGUUGGUAGUGGUGUUGGCAGGAAAAGCGACCCUGAGCACCCUGAUGCAAAUCUGCUGACAGAGUACUUGCUAAAAAAGGACAGUAUAGGUGAGGACCAGGGGGACUCAGAUUGUAUUCCCGCCUCUACAACAAACCAAAGCAUUCUGGCUACUUCUCUGCUCUCCCCUACACCGUACCAAGACACUCCCAGAAAUUUACAACCCUCCCCUACAACGCACCUGGAUACUUCCAAUAAUUUACACCCCUCCCCUACCCCACACCAAAAUACUCCCAAUUCUUUACACCCCUCCCCUACCCCACUCCAAAACUCUCCUUUUACUUCCUCUCCUUCAUCUGUACUUCAUCAAAACAUUCCCACAACUUCACCCCUUAUGUCACAAAGUGACACAAGCAAUUUUUCACCCCUGCCUCCCAUUCUCCACUGUAACCAUCCUGAUAACACUUCACCCUCCUCUCAUCAAAACACUUCGGAAGUUUCUUCUCUAUGCCCCUCCUCUACUCCCCAUGAGAAACCUCUCAGUUUUUCCUUCUCCCACACACACCCUGAUAUUUUGAUUAUCUCCCCCACUCCGCACCAGAUCUGUGCCAGUACUUCUCUCCCCAUCCCUACUCCAAACCAAAACUCUACCAGUGUGUCACCUCUCUCCCCUACUCUCUACCAGAACACUCCUGAGAUUUUGCCAGCCUCUCCAGUCCCAUGUCAAAAUGAGAUGCCCAUAUUCUCACCCCCACAACAAAAUCUUAAUGAUUGCAUACCCCUCACUGUUGCCCCACACCAGGACUCUCAUGGUGCUUCAGCUUCUUUCUCUACCCGACAUCAAAAUACUCUUGAGCCAAAACUUCCUGAUUUUACAGUUCUCUGCUCUACCCUAGAGAAAAGCCCUCACUCCAAAAACAGUACUGAUAUUGCUACCCUGGCGCCUCCACCAGAUACCCUGUUGGAGGAGGGUAAUAUCCUUUUCAGUUCAGACGAUGUUCUGUUUUCAGGGACAGAAAAAGGGGAAGAUGUUAAAAACAGCAUUAACUUGAGAGAAUUUGAUGCUCCCAGGUUAGUGGGCUCUUCAGGCGAACAGGGGGAGGGCCAUGUGAAUGAGCAGAUGGAGGGCCCAGUGGAUGAACAGUUAGAGGCUCUGGUGAAUGAGAAGUGGGAAAGCCUGGUGGAAGAGCAUAGUAAGGGACUGGUAGAUGAGCAAGAGAAGGGCCUGAUGGAUGAUCAGGGGAAGGGCCUGGUUUAUGAGCAGGAAGAGGACCUGCAGGGCAAGAAUGGUGAGGGCCUGGUGGAUGAACAAGAGGAAGGCCUAGUGUAUGAGCAGGGGGAGGGCCUGGUGAAUGAGGCGGUGGAGCAUCCGGUGUGUGAGAAUGGUGAGGGCCUGGUGGAUAAAAAGGAAAACCAGGUGUGUGAGAAUGAUGAGGGUCUAGUGAAUGAGGAGGUGGAGGGCCUGGUGGGAGAGAAUGGUGAGGGCCUAUUGUAUGAUCAGGUAGAGGGUCUGGUGGAUAAGGAGGAGAACCAGGUGUGUGAGAAUGAUGAGGGUCUAGUGAAUGAGGAGGUGGAGGGCCUGGUGGGAGAGAAUGGUGAGGGCCUAUUGUAUGAUCAGGUAGAGGGUCUGGUGGAUAAGGAGGAGAACCAGGUGUGUGAGAAUGGUGAGGGUCUAGUGAAUGAGGAGGUGGAGGGCCUGGUGGGAGAGAAUGGUGAGGGCCUAUUGUUCGAUCAGGUAGAGGGUCUGGUGGAUAAGGAGGAGGGCCUUGUGUGUGAGAAUGGUGAGGGCCUGGUGAAUGAGGAGGUGGAGGGCCUGGUGUAUGAGAAUGGCGUGUGCCUGAUGGAUAAGAAGGAGGACCAGGUGUGUGAGAAUGGUGAGGGUCUAGUGAAUGAGGAGGUGGAGGGCCUGGUGGGACAGAAUGGUGAGGGCGUAUUGUACGAUCAGGUAGAGGGUCUGGUGGAUAAGGAGGAGAACCAGGUGUGUGAGAAUGGUGAGGGUCUAGUGAAUGAGGAGGUGGAGGGCCCGGUGGGAGAGAAUAGUGUGGGCCUAUUGUACGAUCAGGUAGAGGGUCUGGUGGAUAAGGAGGAGGGCCUUGUGUGUGAGAAUGGUGAGGGCCUGGUGAAUGAGGAGGUGGAGGGCCUGGUGUGUGAGAAUGGUGAGGGCCUGAUGGAUAAGAAGGAGGACCAGGUGUGUGAGAAUGGUGAGGGCCUGGUGAAUGAGGAGGUGGAGGGCCUGGUGGAUGAGCAGCAGGAGGCUCUGGAGGAUGAGCAGGGGGAGGGUCUGGUGGAUAGGAAGGAGGACCUGGAGUGUGAGAAUGGUGAGGGCCAGGUGAAUAAAGAGGUGGAGGGUCUGGAGGGUGAGAAUGGUCAGAGUCUGGUGGAUGAUCAGCAGGAGGGUCUGGAGGAUGAGCGGGGGGAGUGUCUGGUGGAUAAGAAGGAGGACCUGGAGUGUGAGAAUGGUGAUGGCCUGGUGAAUGAGGAGGUGGAGGGCCUGGUGGGUGAGAAUGUUGUGGGCCUUAUGGAUGAGCAGGAGGAGGGUCUGGAGGAUGAGCAGGGAGAGGGCUCGAUCAAUGGUGAGAGCAUGAGGAGGACAUCAAAUGGCACAGAACAACAAAGUGUGCAACAGAAGGUGGAGGAGGGUAGGGAAACUUCAUUACCUGAAGAAGUCAUGGCCAUGGUGGGGAGAGCAGAGGAGCCACAGACGUGUCUUUCAGAAAUUUCACCCCUGCCUGAGCGAGCAGCACCAGCAGCACCUCAGGAGGAGAGCAGCUCAGCCAUUGGAGCAGCCGAGGCUGCGGCAGUUUCAGGCUGCUGGCAGAAGGAGAAAGAGAAGGAAAAGGAGGAAGGGAGCCAACUGCAGGGAGGGACCUUAAUGGAGGAGGGCUCAGAAUCCGGUAAGCCAAUAGCAUGGGAGACAGAGUGUGAAGAGGAAAGUGAGAAAGCUCGUAAUAGCAGUGCCCCGGGUGCCAAGACAGGACUAUCACACGGCCCAGCCCCUGUGGGUGGGGCUGAAGCUGCCUUGAGCUGCCUGCACACCCAGCGCACGCAGAUCAGCCCCAGCCAGCCGCAUGACAGCCACGCUGCACCCGCGGCGGCCGUAGGCGAGCGGAGGCAGGAGAAUGGAGCCGUGGGUGAAGACCGGAUGCAGAAGGUGGAGGAGAAGAGGAGUGAGCCUCGGAUAUCUCCCAGCUCUAACACCCCCCUUUUAGGGGAACUUCAAGGCCCAUCCAUGGACUCUCACCUGCAAGGGCUUGGCCAGGGGGCGGGGGAGAGCCCAGUGCCAGGCCACCAGUCCCACUCCCCGGGACGGCAGGCUGGCGGGGCCGGCAUUGAGCAGGGUCUUGUGACGGAGAAGCAGCAGGACUCUCUCUGUCUGCUGCCAGCAUCUUCAAAGCCCCAGCCUCUGCUCACUGACCCCAACGGAAUCAACACAGAGGUGCUGGCCUCUGGUGUGCUCUCUCUACCUGGAACAAGAGACAAAUGUGGGCGUGCCCUGGUUACCGUGACUACUAGAAACACAAUUUGGUUAAAUCCAAGCUGCAACACCAGCGAGCUGGUACGGAUUCUGGUCUACUUCUACGCCAUACUCAGGAAGGAGGUCCGCUCCCUGGGUUUUACCAUUUUGGUGGACGCGCGUAGAUGCUCCCCUGUUCCUGCUCUUUUCAAAGCCUUUAGUAUCAUACAGGAUGCUGUGCCAGAAUGUAUUCACACCGUCUUGCUGUUGGCUGACAGGGACCUCACCUUCCAAAUGGAGAAACCUUCCACUAUGCAGUUUGAGAUCCUCACCUCCCUCAAGUCUCUCCAUAAACAUGUGGACAUCAGCCAAUUGCCUACUGAGUUUGAUGGCACCUUCCCCUUUUCCCAUGGCAGCUGGAUUAACUUCAGAAUGAGAGUGGAGCAGUUGACUAAUAGCUGUCAGGAUGCUGUCUCCCUCCUCAAGGGCACCAUCUCCAGCCUGGAGACCACCCCACUGCCCACUACGGCUGAGGAGGCCCACGAGCUGCUGUGCCGGUACCGGACCCUGAUGCGCAGCGUGCUGGAGGACAGCCGGCUGGUGCGUCUGCAGCUGCAAGGAGGGGCCACCCUGUCCCGCCUCCGGAGGGAGGAGUCCAGCAUCAGCCUCACCGAGGACUACAGAGAUGCCAUCGAGACAGUCAGCCAGCUGUACAACCAGGUGGACGAGCUGGUGCACACCUUGGUGAUGCUCUCCAACAGGUGCACCCAGGAGCUGGAGUUUAUCAUGGAGUUCAAAACCCUGGAGGAAGGCUUCACUGAGGUGAGAGGCUGGAUCGAGGAGGUGGGGGAGAGGCGUCUGAAGACCCUCAGUGAGCUGGACGAUUCCCUGGAGGAGCUCCACCAUAAACAAGCCCACUUCAGAGAUUUCUACUCUGCCGCAUACGAGCACUGUAAAAGCGGAGAGGCCCUGUUGAAGAGGCUGGAGAGGUGGGAGGAUGUGUCUUCGGCCCAGCUGCAGGUGUACGAGGUGAAGGUGCGCUCCUUUUGGGUGCACCUCCAUGACUUCUCCCAGAGAGUGGAGGACACCAAGGACAAAAUCGACAAGACCGUCAAACUCUAUGAGUUUUUUGACAAGGCGUACGAGUGGGCGUUGGAGGGCAUGCGCCACCUGGCGUGUAUCAGCGCCGAGGACUGCAGCACGCCGGAGAGGUGCCAAGCCAUCAUCAAGUGCCUGGAGAGCUACCGCCGGCAGUACCCGGCGAUCCCGGACGCCCGCUUCCAGGAGAUGAAGGAGCUGGCGGGGGAGCUGAAGAGCGAGAAGGGGCUGAAGCAGUGGAAGUUCGCCUGGUCCAAGUGCCAGGAGACCAAGCAGAUGUUCGAGAAGAAGCUGGAAGCCGCGCUGCGGACCCGCCGCUCGCAGCCCGGCGACCUCACGGAGGGGGGUGGAGACAACGUAUCGCUUGGGCGCCAACCGGAGGCCGGCGACUCCAGGCGGAGCAGCAGUGUGUCCUCCCCCUGCAGGAGGGUGUUCUCCCGGGGCUGGGGGAGACAGCGUCCCCCCGACAGCCCCACCACCCACGUUCCGGAGCCCAGCGACUUAAAAAGCCCCACCGCAAACUUUUUUGGCCUGGACCGCAGGGUGUCGCAAGCGUCGCGGUCCCACCGGCUGACCCGGAGCACCUCCACCGAGGAGCCUCCGCUCCCGGUACGGCUGGAGGCCCAGUCCAGGGCGCCGCCCUGCGCCUACAGCCCCGGGACGCCCGCGCCAGAGCCCGGGCGACGGGUGCUGAGGAAGACCCAGAGCUUCGACGUCCCCGUGGACUCGGCCCGGUACGGGUCCUGCCACCGCAACGUGAGCGAGCCUUCCAGGCGGGUUCACACGGGCGUUUUCAUCAAGGGCCUGGAGGUGAGCAGCACGGACGUGGUGGAGCGCGGCCUAAGCCCCCGGCUGCCCCCCCAGGGCUGGGCCACAUCGGACGUCCCGAAGAACAGCACCCCAAUUCCAGAGACCAAGGCCAAGGGCAGCAAGCUGCGGCACAUCGUGGACGAGAUGGUCACGACGGAGCGGGAGUACGUGCGCUCCCUGCGCUACAUCAUCAACUACUACUUCCCCGAGAUGGAGCGGCCCGACCUGCCGCAGGACCUGCGGGGCAAGCGCAGCGUCAUCUUCGGGAACCUGGAGAAGCUGGUGGACUUCCACAGCCAGUACUUCCUGAAGGAGCUGGAGAGCUGCUGCAACCACCCCCUCCGCGUCAGCCACUGCUUCCUCCGACACCAAGACCAGUUUGGGCUGUAUGCCUUGUACAGCAAGAACAAGCCAAAGUCUGACACUCUGUUGGCCAGCCAUGGGAACACGUUUUUCAGGAAUAAACAGCUGGAGCUGGAGGAUAAGAUGGACCUGGCGUCCUACCUGCUCAAGCCCAUCCAGCGAAUGAGCAAGUACGCCCUGCUGCUCAAGGACCUCAUCAAGGAGGUGAGCGAGGCGCAGGAGCAGGAGCUGGGCUACCUGAGGGCCGCCGCCGAGAUGGUCAAGUUCCAGCUGCGCCAUGGCAACGACCUGCUGGCCAUGGACGCCAUCCGGGACUGCGAUGUCAAUCUUAAGGAACAGGGGCAGCUGGUACGGCAGGAUGAGUUUACAAUCUGGUACGGGAGGAAGAAGUGCCAGAGACACGUUUUCCUGUUCGAGGACCUGGUGCUCUUCAGCAAGCCUAGAAAAAUUGAGGGAGGGCUCGACGUCUACAUCUACAAGCAUUCAUUUAAGUCUGCCGACGUGGGGAUGACGGAAACCUCGGGCGACAGUGGACUGCGGUUCGAGAUCUGGUUCCGGAGGAGGACCACCAAAAACCAGACAUAUGUGCUGCAGGCGGGAACGGCUGAAAUCAAACAGGCCUGGACCUCCGACAUUGCCAGGAUCCUGUGGCAGCAGGCCACCAGAAACAAAGAAAUUCGAAUGCAGGAGAUGGUAUCCAUGGGAGUGGGUAACAAACCUUUCCUCGACAUAAAACCAAGUGAUGCUGCUAUCAACGACAGGGCCAUUGACUACAUCAUGAAAGGAAGAGGAGCUCGGACACGAGCGUCGAUAGCAGUGUCUCUAUUCGACCACUCCACCCCCUUCAAGGGGGCGCCAGUGAACACGGCAGUCAGCGGGCCCCCGUCCUCGUCCUUGCUAGGGCCCCUCAACCUGCACAUGUACAGCAACCAGGCCCUGCUGCCCAGGGAGCAGCCCUUCGUCAGCCCCUGCAUCGAGGAGGACGAGCUGGAGCACGAGACCAGCAGCCAGCCCUCCAUGACCACGGAGAGCUCCGAGUCGUCCUCCCACUGCAUGUCGGGCAGCGGCUCCAGCGGCUCGGACAGCGGCUGCGUGUCCAGCCACCUCCCGGAGGACCCCAGCUCCCCCUGCCACCCGCCCUGCUACUCCGCCGUGGCCUCGCCCAUCGAGGAGAAACCCUGCUUCAACAGCCAGUACAUCUCCGCAGUUUAAUAUCCGGCUGCUCUCAAGAAGACAGCGACGCCACCCCAGAAGAAAGUAUUUAUUUUCCGACACUGUGCCAGCACGUCUCAUCUAAAACGGACACUGAAUGAGUGGGGACAUAGCACUGUUUAAAAAAAAAGCCACUUUUUGAGCAUAACUUUUUAUAUUGUUUUAAAAAAUUGAUUUAAAUAUUCUUGUAUUUAUCUUUUUUUCAAACGCACCAGUGCAGUAGUGCCCUGUACUAUACUGAAAAACUGUAAAUAAUUAUUUUAAUACCUUGCGACGCAGUUAAAAACUGUCCUGUUCUGUUGACCACUUUGCUGCAGACUGCAGUUAAAACAGCAGAAAUAUAUGUACCUUCAAAAGAAAAGGUACUUCCAAAUUGGAGAGAGGGUACAGAAGUACUCUUCCAAGUUUAAAAAGCUGUUUGCUUUUCUUUCCUUUGGUCUUCACACAAUGGCUGUAUUAUGUCCUUGCUGAACUGACCCUUGGUCAAAUGUCUAUGACUUCUCUUACUGUGAUGGCAUUAUGCUGUGGUAACGCAGUUCAAUAAUACAGGUAUGUCAGGCUUGUGGCUGUAAAAAUCCAGUUCUGUGUACUCUUAAGGUAAAGCAGGUGGUCUGUGAACAUAACUCUGCUGGUUCUCCAAGGCAGUUAACAGCUGGUCACCCAUCAUUGGAGCCUUGCACCGCACUGACCAAUCACAGGGAAUCCAGUGGCCUCUUCGGAGGGGAGGAGCCAAGUUUAACUUCGCUGUGUUGUUAACGUUAAAAAAGACAAAAAUGUACAUUGUUUGUAAAUAGUUUGGGACAGCAAUGCUCUGUGGUUCUAGUUUCUUAAAGAAUAGGGAAAAAUGUUUGUGAUAACUUUUGAACAUCUUUGUAUUAACGAGCACAGCAGGGAAUCACUGAAGUGCUAUUCUUAACAUAUAUAAAAAAACAAAAAACAAGAAAAAAAAUUUGUAGCUGGAGCAUGAAUGUUUACCAAGUCUCAAGAUACCUUAAUCCUAACAGGUUCACAUGUAUUUAAUAAAGAUGGAUAGUCCUGUAUCCAAAA